GCGGGAUUGAGGGUGGGGCAUGUGGUGGCGCCAGUGGUUCCACCUCCUACGGCAAGUCGGAGGCAGCAAGAUGGCGGCUGCUGAAGGAGGUUGCGGUGCUGGGGUCGAAGCGGACCGGGAAUUGGAGGAGCUUUUGGAAAGUGCUCUUGAUGAUUUUGAUAAAGCCAAACCCUCCCCAGCACCCUCUCCUACCAUCUCGGCCCCCGAUGCUUCAGGGCCCCAGAAGAGAUCGCCAGGAGACACUGCCAAAGAUGCUCUCUUUGCCUCCCAAGAGAAAUUUUUCCAGGAACUGUUCGACAGUGAGCUGGCUUCCCAAGCCACCGCAGAGUUUGAGAAGGCAAUGAAGGAGCUGGCUGAGGAAGAGCCCCAUCUGGUGGAGCAGUUCCAGAAGCUCUCAGAGGCAGCUGGGAGAGUGGGCAGCGAUGCAAGUUCUCAACAAGAAUUUACUUCUUGCCUAAAGGAGACAUUAAGUGGGCUAGCCAAAAAUGCCACUGACCUUCAGAACGCAGGCAUGUCUGAAGAAGAACUGACAAAAGCCAUGGAAGGGCUGGGCAUGGAUGAAGGAGACGGGGAAGGGAACAUUCUCCCCAUCAUGCAGAGCCUCAUGCAGAACCUCUUGUCUAAGGAUGUAUUGUAUCCAUCCCUGAAGGAGAUCACCGAAAAGUAUCCAGAAUGGCUACAGAGUCACCAGGAGUCUAUUCCCCCAGAGCAGUUUGAGAAGUAUCAGCAGCAGCACAGUGUCAUGGGCAAAAUCUGCGAGCAGUUCGAGGCAGAGACGCCCACAGACAGCGAGGCUACUCACAGGGCUCGCUUUGAGGCGGUACUCGAUCUUAUGCAGCAGUUACAGGACUUGGGCCACCCUCCGAAAGAGCUGGCUGGGGAGAUGCCCCUUUGUCUCUUCUCCAGCCUCCUGGCCUCAACUUUGACCUGGAUGCCCUCAAUCUAUCGGGCCCACCAGGUGCUAAUGGCGAACAGUGUCUGAUCAUGUGAAACACAACACGGUUUCCUCCCUGAGUCCCAGCCAUGGGGAACAUCUGGAAUCAACAGAGUCACUGGGAACUGAGGCAGGAGUAUCAUCUGUGGGAGCUGCUGCCCCACACUCUCUACAUCCCAUUCAAGACUGUGCCAUACCAGCUGAGGACCUGUUGUAGGCCUUUUCUAUGAGCCCUACUCCAUUAUGGUGUCUGCUGUUAGAAACGGGCCAAUUAUUUGCUAGGUGAAGGAAGGCAUCCCUUGUGGGGCAUUUUACUUCUUCCCACUCUCCAAAAUAAUGUUACAUGUGGUGGUACUCAUGUUCCCCUUGAUUCCCAGGGACUUUGUGCCUUGUUUCUACUCCCUCCCUUGUGUCUGGGAGCAAGAGCUAAGUCCUAAGACUGCGCUUCUCUUAGGCAGGGCCUCUGGGAAUGAGGAGAAAAGUAGCCUGGGUGGGGCUGGAGGCUUGUCACAGUAUCUGCUAGCCUUCUUUUGGAAUUCUCCGAAGGGAAAGGAAUUUUGCACUUAGUCAGCAGGUUGAAAGCAAAGCCUUGGGCAUUUCCUGUCCUUAGGUGCUGCGCCCUAAUUCCCCUUUCCUCCUGAGAGCUCAAGUUGAUACCCUGGUUCUUUCUACAACUCCAUGAUUUAGGGGACCCCCCGCUCUUGACUUUGCUUUGCCCCAUGACUAUCCUUACCUCCUCUCUUUAGAGUCUUAUUUAUUCUGCUCUUUUUAACUAGGGCUGUGAUGGAUGGAGGCUAAUCUUGUUUCCUUUCAUCUAGUACCUGGACCAUUCUCACUAGACCCUUCUCUGCCUCUUUGGCCAACACAUACUUGUGGUGUCAGAUCUGGUACAUGAAUGGCCAUUCUACCCAGAUAGAUUUUGGUUUAUUUAAGACAUCAGAUUCCCUAGAAUCCUUGGUUCAGGAAGGCGCUUGGGAAAGGGGUGUAGCCAGAUUCUUUUUUUUCCUGCAAGCCCCAUGGGGCAGUGUCCAAUAAAUAUUCUGACGAGCGUGUGGGCUGUUUUUCAUCCAGGUCUAUUCUACUCUUCCUCAGUUUGUGUAGGCUGCUAGGGAAGAGUGAGAGAUGUCAGAAGAGUUGUGUGUGGUGGUGAUGUUAGGUCUGCCACGACCCAGCCCUCCCGCUCAGGUUGCACUUUCAGCAAAAGAAUACUGUCUUCAUCUCCUUGGUACUUCAGUCUUAACUCUUUACAAGAUAAUUGAUGCUAAUGAUAUAUUGUUAACAUGUUUUCUAAAUUACCUAACUUUGAAUUGAGCUGCCUUUUCACAGUGGGGUUAAGGACCAUGGUUGCCAUGUAGUUUAUGGAUAUUCUUUUUAGGUCACCUAGCUGUCCUGGUUCACCUGGAAAAUAACGUUUUAAAAAUAUAUUUUUUAUUUAUUUUA